AUGUUCUCCUGUUUGAUUAUGCGGAUGUCAUCCAGGCGUCCGAUUCCGCCGCCGCCUUCGAGCGCAGGCGCUUCUGCUUCGACUAGGCCUUCUGCAUUGACGAAGAUGAUGGAUAUGCCUGAGCUGGAGCUUUCAGCCAAGGAAAGGGUCGUGGCUACGUGGAACUUGCAACGUCGUAGGGAUUGGGGUGAGAUUAAGAGGUGUUUGGUUGAUAGCCAGCGGAUGCGUGAUUGGGGAGGCUUGGGGGAGAAUCUUGACUGGCUAUCUCAGGCUGAGAUAUCAAACUUUUCAAAGUCCCAGCGCAUUCUCCCGCGGUCCCUAUACCUCUCCCACCAAUUUUCUUUCCAUACCUUGGGAGAAGACUACCAUGCCCUGGUCCGCAAGGAAGUUGAAGUUAACGAUUUCUCUUCUACCACCACGAAAGGCGGUGCCGGAGAAUCGUUCGUAGAAGGCAGUUUCUCCUCUUCACCCCGCGACAUUCGCCGUUUUUCAACGUCCUUCGACGAACCUCUUGUCUCUGCUCUCGGGGCCGGCUUCAACCACUCCCCUCAAUAUAACCAGGCCAUCACACCCAUGUUCCCGAACGGCACCCCAGCUUAA